AUGAUCAGCAGUGGUGCAACAGUUGGGCACAACAAGCAGAGAGGGCUGACUGCUCCUGAGUCUGUGCUGGUGCAUCAGACAGGUUUCACACAUGACAUUGCUGAUAAGUCUAAGUACAACUAUCAGCGCAGAAGAGGCAGGCUCCGAGAGACUUGGUUUCCGGAAAACCAAGCAGCACUGGACAGGCUGCAACAGAAGGAAAACAUUGUACUUCGUUUUGUGAUCGGGAAGCAUGACAAUCCUGAGAUGGAGCAACAAAUUGGUGACGAAUCGAAUGAAUGCGGGGGAUGCUUCCUGAGAAUUGACUUUGAGGAGCGCUACUUGAACCUUGCCCACAAGACGUUGGCUUUCAUUAGCAUGGUUGUCAGCCUGUAUGAUGCUGACUACAUCGUGAAGAUUGAUGAUGAUGUCUACUUACGCCUUGACAGGCUUCCCUCAGUUGUGCGCCAGUGGUCCAGCAUGAAAAAAGAUUACGUUGGCUGCAUGAAGAAUGGGCAGAUCUUCACCGACCGACACUACAGAUGGUACGAGCCACAGCACAGGCUUCUGGGCUCGAAAACAUACUUCACACACGCCUGGGGAUGCGUGUAUGCUCUGAGUGGGCGAGCAGCUGCGCUUCUGUCAAGCAUCGAUCCAAACAUGCUGAGGUUCUUCAACAACGAAGACGUGACCCUUGGCUCCUGGCUGCUGGCGUUCAACAUCUCGCAUUAUGACGACCGGCGCCUAUGCGAGGCGUCGUGCAGCCAGACAUCCCUUGUGGUUUACGACUUCCCCGACUGCGCCGGCCUGUGUGACCCCUACGCCAGGCUCCCUGAGGUCCACGCAGACCCGCAGUGCAAGCUCCCGACGUUCCCCGAGGGCUCCCAGGAAGUGCCGAAGGUGGCGGAGAUCAUCAAGUGCGAUGAAUGA